AUGCUUCUGUGGGUGGCGUCAAUAGCAUCGCUCGUUGGGUACAUCAUGGAAAAACAAGAAUACGGCGAGGAAACAAAAGCGGAUAAUUUGUAUUUGGCGAUCACCCUGGCUACGGUAGUGACCAUCACCGGAUUGUUUUCGUUCUAUCAAGAGGCAAAAAGUGGGAACAUUAUGAGUUCGUUUGCUAACAUGAUCCCAUCCAUGGCUCACGUUAUUCGCGAUGGUCGAUUGGUUGAUGUGAAGGUUGAAGAAGUUGUAUUAGGUGACAUAGUCGAAAUAAGUGGUGGAGACAAAGUACCUGCCGACAUAAGGAUAUUUCAAGCAAGAGGUCUAAAGGUAGACAACUCAUCACUGACCGGUGAAUCAGAGCCACAGACACGAUCACCCGAGUUCACCCACAACAAUCCACUAGAGUCGAAGAAUGUGGCCAUGUUCUCAACGAAUGUACUUGAAGGGACCGGUAGAGGCAUCGUUAUCCUCACCGCUGAUAACACAGUGGUGGGACGAAUAGCUGCCCUCACUGCUCAGGUCUCGUCAGGACCAAGUCCAAUUGCCAAAGAAAUAUAUCAUUUCAUUCACAUCAUCACUUUUGUGGCGCUCGGAGUUGGAGUUACAUUUUUUGUGCUUUCAAUCAUCUACGGUUACACCAUGAUCCAGGCUCUCAUCUUCUUUAUGGGAAUAGUUGUUGCUAAUGUGCCGGAAGGUAUCGUGGCGACCGUGACGCUGAUAAGAGAAUUCAGAGAGGUAGAAGGUUUCUUGCCUAGGUGCGACGGUAAAAUUGAUGAGACCGAACAGUGUCUCCCUUCUGGGAAGAUGCGCGGCAGGAUGAUUCACCGCAUGGAAGGCACCUUCAAGCUGUUGAUUCGAUGUGCAGCAUUAUGCAGCAGGAGCAAGUUCAAGGGUUUUGUGCUGAAUUCCUUCAGGGUAACUCUAAAGUUAUGGAGUCUUAAUAAUUUUAGUGAAAUGUUGAGGGGUGAAAUACGAAACGAGAAUACUUCAGAGCGAGGACUUCUCAGUGCCCACUCCCCAGAGAGAGAAGUGUCUGGUGAUGCAUCAGAGACAGCCAUCAUGAAAUAUUGCGAGCUGAUCCUUGGGAAUGGAGGAACACGGAAAAUGCGUGACAAGAGUCCGAAAGUUGCAGAGAUUCCAUUCAAUUCGACCAACAAGUAUCAGGUCUCAAUCCAUCAGAAUGGCGACCGCUAUCUAUUAGUAAUGAAAGGAGCACCGGAGAAAAUUCUCAAGGCAUGUUCAACGCUAUUGACCGAGGGAAACGAGAAAGACAAAGACAAGAAAUUUGAAGAAGAUUUUAUCAAGGCCUAUGAAACGUUGGGAGGGUUUGGAGAACGUGUAUUGGGAUUCUGCGAUUUGGAAAUGGAUCCAGAAAAGUUUCCUCUAAACUACGUCUUUGACACCGAAAAUCCGAAUUUCCCCCUGACAAGUAAGAAAGUCUAUUAG